CCAUGGCUGCGGCUCCGCGGGGCUCUGCCGGGGGAAGAAGAAGGCGGAAGUGACGUCACACGCCGUGCGUCAGCAAGAUGGCGGCGCAGGCGGAGGUGGCGGCGAUGGAGGCGCCGCUGGAGGCGGAGCUGGAGGCGGAGCUGGACCUGGAGGGGGCGGAGCUGGAGGAGGUGGAUGUGCACAUCCAGGAGAACCUGGAGGACGCCCUGGUGCAGGAGGCGCUGCAGACCGGCGUGGACCUGCGGCAGUACUCGCGCCAGGUGGAGCUGGAGCUGCAGGAGGUGGAGCGAGCCUCCAUCCAGGACUACAUCCGGGAGAGCGAGAACAUCGCCGAGCUGCACAACCAGAUCAGCGCCUGCGACGCCAUCCUCGAG